AUGAUGAUAACACGUACCUUUUCCCUCACAAACUUCCUCAUCGGAUCAUCGGCUCUCUGCUUCCAGAUAUUCGUCCUCUACCCCUGGCACGAGAAGCUAGAAGAAGAGUUCGUGGAAUUGAAGAAGGAACAUGCGAGACUACUAGAAGAGACGCACUCGAGGCACAGAGAUGAACUGAGAGGAAUCAGGGAACAGCUGGAGCUGGCCAACGAGCGAAGGAAGACGGGAAAGUUCUGGUAG